AUGGAUUUGAAUGAUUUGCACCCUCCGGACGACUACAGCCACCGAUUCUUCAUUUGGCACGAAUGGAUACAGGCUAACGGACCGCUCACGAACGAGAAUGUGUUCGACUAUUUCGCGACGUCGAUGUUCUAUGACAAGCAAAGCAACAACCAAGUGCUGCGCAUGCAGACGAUGCACGUUGGAAUGCCGCUUGAGAACGAGGCGGAGGAGCUCAGGCGGUUUACUGGUGUCGAGUUUGCUGUUGUACAUGCACAGCCGCCUGGGCUGUUUAUUAUCCACAAGCGAGAGCGACUGUCGCCCGAUGAAGUCCGGCCAUUGGCAGCGUACUUCAUUAUCAAUAACCGCAUAUAUCAGUCUCCCGAUGUCUAUACCCUUGUUUCGAACCGAUUGCUCACGUCCCUCCAUGCCUUACAAACGUCCAUGGACACCCUCCGCGCGCAUCGACCUAGCUAUACACCACGCACGGGCUUCGUUUGGCCCAUCGUGGAGUUCACUUCGACAACGGCGGGCAGCAAGCGCAGCGCGGACGAAGAGGGUGCGGCCGACAGCGACCUGACUGGUCCUUCAAAACGGCGCAAGAGGCCGCAUGAGCGGCAGCAGAACAACUUGCUCCUGUUCAACGCCAUGCGCACGACGGCCGUGCACGCGAAUGCGUCAUUCACGCUGCCUGAGGCGGCGUCUGAGAGCACGACGGUCCCCGAAACACCUGGUGCGGGGUCAGGAACGCGCUCGUCUGGGACGCCCGCGCCGGCAUCGACGAGAGGGCCGACGCCGAAAAGAGGUGAGACACCGCAGGCGCAGCCCGCGAAAGGUCCUCCUGGUGGAGGGAAGAAGAAAAAGAGAAGGACCGGUACGAUGUCCACAGUCAGUUAG